GCGAAGUUGCGCGGGGCCCGGGGAAGUUUUGGGCCCCGAGCGGCGGCGGUUGCGGCUCCUCCCGCUCCCGUCCCCGGGCGCCGCGGCGCUCCCGGCGCGGCCAUGGCCUUCCGCCGGCGGGCCAAGAGCCACCCGCUCUUCAGCCAGGAGUUCCUCAUCCACAACCACGCCGACAUCGGCUUCUGCCUGGUGCUCAGCGUCCUCAUCGCCCUCAUGUUCGAGGUUACAGCCAAGACUGCCUUCCUGUUUAUCUUACCUCAGUACAACGUUAGUGUGCCUACAGCAGAUGGGGAGCUGGUCCAGUAUCACUAUGGGCUGAAGGAUCUGGUCACUAUCCUCUUCUACAUCUUCAUUGCCAUCAUUCUGCAUGCGGUGGUGCAGGAGUACGCCCUGGACAAAAUCAACAGGCGACUCCAUCUCUCCAAAGUCAAACACAGCAAGUUCAACGAAUCAGGGCAGCUGGUUGCCUUCCACCUCUCCUCCUUGAUUUGGUGCUCGUACGUCGUGGUGACGGAAGGAUACAUAUCAAACCCCCGGAGUUUGUGGGAAAACUACCCGCAUGUUUAUCUGCCGUUCCAGGUGAAGUUUUUCUACCUGUGCCAGCUGGCCUACUGGCUGCAUGCCCUGCCAGAGCUCUACUUCCAAAAAGUUCGCAAGGAGGAGAUCCCCCGGCAGCUGCGGUGCAUCGCGCUCUACCUGGCGCACAUCGCCGGCGCGUACCUCCUCAACUUAACCCGCUUGGGGCUGAUCCUGUUGCUGUUGCAGUAUUUAGCUGAAUUCUUCUUCCAUAUGGCCCGGCUGGUGUGCUUCACGGAUGAGAACAACGAGAAGCUGUUUAACGUCUGGGCUGUGGUGUUCGUGGUCACCAGGCUCUUCACUCUCACCUUGUACAUCUUGGUCAUUGGCUUUGGGCUGCCACGGGUGGAGAACCAAGCCCUUGAUCCCGACAGAGGGAACUUCUUCAGCUUCCUCUUCAACAACAUCCUCUUCAGCCUGCCUCUUCUCCACCCCUGCCAGAAUGAGUGUGCUGCUGUUGGUGUGCCUCUUCCAGGCCUCGGUGAUGUGGCGCUUCAUCCACUUCCAGCUGCGGCGCUGGCGGGAGUACUGGACAGAGCAGAGCAGCCGGAAGCGACCCGCUGCUGGUCCCAGCACCAAGCAGCAGGCCAGGCUGCUCAAAAGGGACUCGGGUUACCAUGAAAACGGAGUGCUGAAGGCAGAGAACGGCACCUCGCCGCGCACCAAGAAGCUGAAGGCGCCGUAGGAGCCGUAGGGCCGAGUCCUGGGGAGGAGGGCGAGUGCCAGGACUGAGUGAGAAGCAGCCCCUCCUCCCGCUCCUCACAAGCAUCAUCUUCAGCGGCUCGGAAACCUCUCGUCUUCCCAAGGUGUCUCUCGCUCUCCUUUCCUUUCUUGCUCUCUUGAACCAUUUGCAAUAAAACCAAAAAGGUCCCUUCCCCUGCUGCCAUCCCCUCGUAGGAGCCUUUUCCAGCCCUCCUGGUUGUGCCUUCCUCUCUUUCAUCCUAAGUCAGUUGUGCAAUUUGUUUUGUCUUUUCUGCUCUAUUUUAGUGUUUGGUUGGUUUGGAUUCUUGUUACAAAUGCAUUGUAGAUGGUUCCAAACAGUCCUUCUUUCUUCCACAGUGUGUUGCUUCCCUGAGCCCCAGGGUCAGAGCCAUGGCAGCCUGGAGGCACCCUGUGUCUCUUACAGGCUCCUGGGGGAAUGUGCUGGGGCUCUGUGACCCUGAGGCUCAGGGGUGCUCCCAGGUGGUGGUUGCCUCUCCAGGGGUACGUCUGGCCAGUUCUUGGCAAGUGCCACAGGAUGGUGGUGCUGCAAAUAAACACCAGGGUCUGAGGGAGGAACCUCAACCGUAUCUUGUCUCAUGGGGGACUUCUGGUGAGAAGUGAGGUUCCUCUGGCCUCUGGUUUUGAGCUAAUUCUGGAGAGCUGGGCAGUAAAGAAGGGAGAGAAGUUCCCUCUUCCUAUAGGAGCCACCUUCCAGCUUUUGCUUGCCCCAGCUCUUCUGGUACAGCUGGGUCCCAUUUAUCCUCUUGGCUGCAGGAGGUGAGCUGCUCCAUAGUUGUUCUGGACCCUCAUCUCCAAGAGGUGGGCUUGGAGCUCUACAGCUUGCAGGGCCUGGUGGAGCAGCAGCAUGCUCAGGUCCGUGUGAAGCCUUGAGUCCUGCCUCGUUCUAAGCACUGGCCUGGCUUCUGCCAGCCCAGGCCCUUUGCCAGCCCAUGUGUGCCUCGUGGACCUAGUGUUCUCAUGACUCCUGACCACAUCUGGAUGACAAACUGGCUGCUGCAAAGGGCUUUUGCAUCAGUGGGACUGUGCACUUUGUGCCUUCCUCAUGCCUACCCUACCAGUCCAGCUGUGCCAGCGGCAGCCACCAGCUUCACUCUUUUGUUUCCAAAGGAUACAGAGCUUGUAUCCACCCAAGGUGCUAUCAAAUGCAGGGUUUCUUCCAAAAAAACCUAGCCCCUUCAUCCCUUUCUGAGCUGUGAAUGACAGGGAAGGGGAAGGAAGCCAGGAAGCUGCAAGGAGCAGCUUGCAUCUUAGGAAAAGCCUGACCUGUGACACAUAGCUGUUGGCAGAUGGAGUUGUCUCAAAUCUACCUCUGAGUAGUAACAGAGGCCGUCUGUUGCUGCAGACCACUUUCCCUCUUGCUUCUGCCCGCUGCCACCUGUACGAGCUGGCAGGAGGUUCAUGGGAACUCCAGAUCCCACCGGCUAGGUCCCCUGCUGCCUCUCUGCUAGGGAGCAGCACCUCCUGCCCAUGGUUUUGGGGGUCAGUGCCAGCUCACUGAGCUUUAGGGUGCCAUGCACCAUUUAGGUUUGGUAGGCGUGGUGCAGGAGGGCACCUCUCACCCCACAGCUCUUCUGUGGGGCAGUUUCUGUGGCUGGGCUUUGCUGUUGGUGCCUCUUGUGCAGCAAAGCCAGCUGGAGCUUUAGUUCUUCACCACAGCAGGAGCUGUUGAGCAGUGUAUUCCCUCAGCUGGGUGAGAAGAGGGGGCAUGGGGUGCAGGGAGUUGGGGUGCCCUUCAAUAUGCAAGCCAGGACUGAGGUCCAGCUAACUUGAGGAUGAGGGAGAUGUGUGGUCCUUAGCGUCCCCCUUGCUCAGCCUGAUCUCUGUCUCUCUCCGAGUGCAAUUUUAGCUUGAGGCUGGCACAGUACUUUGCAUCAUUCAUGUUUUGGGGAAUGAGUGACUGUUGCUUUUCUGCCUCUUUUUGUGUUGAGUCGGGGUGUUUUUUCUCCUUCUGUAGGUGUCUUUUGUCCCUUCCUCCCUCUCUCCUUGUUGAGCCCCAGCUAAAGGUAGGCACCAGAGGGAGAAAAUGCUCAGGGACACAAGGACAGUUCAUCAAAUUCCCCUUGUUCCCCGGUCCCCACAACCUUUGAGUGUCAAACGAGUGAUAGCAGCAGCAGAAGGAUUCCCCCUUUUUCAGAGAAACUGAGGAAGGAGACUUUGGAGCAGAGCCCUUGGUGGUAUGUUGUGAUUGCACCUUGUAGCCCUUGGUGGGUAGAUAAUACACAUUUUGGCUCAGAGGCAGCAACGGUACCUGCGAUUGGAUUGGGAAGAAAUAGAGCUUUGUGUUAGGAAGGGCAUAGAAAAGGUCUAGUGUGGGAGGUUCUUCCUUUCUGCUGCCUCUUCCCAUCCACUCCCAGGUGGCCCCCAGGAGUUACUCUCCAGAGCCUUCCAAAGCUGCUGAGGUAGUGACUCUGUUAACAGGUGACACAUAGAGUCCCUCUCCCCAAAAAGGCAUCUGCUGAAUGAUUCCUUCUCCUGCCUGCUUCGCUUCGGGCAGCUUCUUCACUUGCAGGAUCCUGCCUCUUCACCCCAUAGCCAGCGAUGCUCUGUCUCCCCAGUGCCUUACGUUGCCACGCAGCCUGUCGUAGGCUCAGUCUCUGUGCUGUGUCAGCAGUUGAACACCCUCCCUCUUUGCAACCUUAUGUACAACGGAUGAUACAUUCAUGUGGGGUUUUGGUUUUCUUUUUGGUAGAGCUACCAGUAAAAGGGACAGAUUGUUUUGGAAGCAUUUCCAUGUGGGUUUUUUUUUCCCUCUAAAGCUAUAGCUGAUGAGGCCUUUUUUGCUCUCCCCUGUAUUUAGCCCUCAGCAAUCCCCAUCCUUCUCCUGUUCUACCUGAAUGUGGCAGACUCUCUGGGGUGUUUUGGGUGGGUUUUUUUUGAGCUGAGCCUUUGUGGUAAGGCAAUCAGUGCUGUCAUCCCAGAGGUCUGCAAGCCACCCUCCUUUGGAGGGGCUGCCUCUGUCAUCUCUUGCGAGCCCCAGCCUUCAGCUGCAAGCCCACAAGGAACUACUUCUAUGUCCACAUCAUUUCUCAGCAGACCGAGCCUUCUCUUCAGCCCAGAGAGCUUUUUCUUGUCCCAACAGCAAGUGACUUUGAUUGCAGGUCCUUAGUGGUCAAGCCUUCCCUGGACCCUUCUGCAUACAAAGAUGCCAAGAGUCCGCUUUCCUUGAGUGGAUGUUCUCCGGUUGCCUCCUCUUGUCAAGCCCUGUGUCUUCUGAAAAAGACCCAACUCCAAAGAGGAGCUCUUGGCCACCCCAGUGCAGAAAGUGUUAAGAGACCCUGCAGAACUGUAGGUCUUCACUUUCAGUGCAACACUUGCUCACACUCUUCCUGUGGGUUUGAGACUGCCUUUUGUAGUCUUGUGCCCGUCAUCCAACCCAAGGACGCCAGGGACUGGGUAGUCUGUGAUUUUUCCUGCCCUAGCCUAGAAGAGCUGUGAAAUACCAGCAGUAGUUCUCUUUUUGGUCUUAGAUAGUUGGGAAAUGGGCUUGGGAGGAGAAAGGGGCAGAGAAAGAACAGAUGUAGCAUUUCACACGUGAUUUUUGAGUGACUCUCCUGGGGCAUUACAGUCACGUUAUUUUGUUGUUGUUGUUUAGGUUUCUCUCUUCUUACUCAUCAUGUUUGGGUUAGUAGUAAAGAAGACAAAUUCCACUUCCCUUGUAGGUCUCCUUACCCUUAACUGUGCAUUUAAGAUGUGUUUUUGUUACGCUUCCUGGUUGGAAGGAAGAAUGACUACUGCAGGAUGCCUCCUCUUUGCCUCCAAGUACAGCCUUUGCAGGGGGCUUUGCAGCAGCCUUGGGCUCUUCCCGUAGAUGAAAUCGUGGCUAGUGGACUCUGACUUGUGUCAACAGUACGUAGAGAUGAUGGGGUUUGAUUUACAGCCCCCCCAGUAAACUUGAUGAGUGUGUAACAGGUGGUUGCUUUGGAAGGUUUUGUACUCAAAAAGUGGAGUGUGUUGCUUGGCCUUGGGGCUGUGUUGGGAGUUUUACUGGCUGCUGUAGAAGUCAGGCAUGUAGUUUUUCUUCGAAUCUGUUGAACUCUGUGAACCAAACCUCGAUGAAAAUUUGUUCUUCCAUAUAUUUAUGCUUUAGUUCAAAUUUCCUCAUUUUGCAGGGGGUAGAGGGAAGUCACAGUCUCUGAUAUUUUAUACUGUUUGUUGCAUUCUUCCUGUCACUGAAGUUUUUUGUACGGAUUUUGUUUGUUGUCGUUUGUUGUUAAAUGACUUUUGUGAUAAAUUCAACAAAAGUAUUUUUCUGAAAUAAAGAAAUAAA